ACUAAAAUUACAAACCGUUCUGCCUCGAUUUCCAGUAACCCGAGAGAUUUAUUGAAAUAUAGUUCAGAAACAAAUGCUUUUACCUUCUUAUCCUCCGGUCAUGUAAGCCUGAUCCAGGGAGCUGAGCUCUGCCACCAGAGUGUGGGACAGAAACUGAGCCUGUAGGGAUGGCGUCUGCUGCUGCGAGAAAGAAAGGCGGCUGUGUUCGCCAGGAGAACGCCUGCCUGAUCACAGAUGAGCAGUUCCGCAGCAACCUGGACGCCCUGCAGUUUGAACCAGAAGCUUCCGAUCUGCAGGUCCAUCACAGCCUCUCCAAGGUCAUGGUUAGCAGCAGCAUGGCGGCCAUGAGCGAACACAUCCAUCAGCUGGAAGCUGAGCUGGAGGCUCAGACUGAGGAACUGAAGGCAGCGGAGCUGAGGGCGGAGUCCUGCCAGGAAGCUGCCGCUCACAGUGAGGCUGUGGUCGCCACGGUUACCGAGGAACUGAGGACGCUGAGAGAGGAGCUGGAGAGCAGAACAGUGACAGGAAAGAGAGCUGAGCAGCAGAGGAACCAAGCUCUGCAAAAUGCAGAGAAACUCAAAGAAGCUUUCGAUGAUUACAAAGACACAUUUUCCAUGAAACUCCAAAAGGUGGUGGAGAGUGAGAUUAUGCUGAAGGAGAGUCUGAUGGAGUCCAACAGAGAAAAGCAGGAGUUGGAGGUGAAGUUUUCUGUGCUGGAAAAGGAGCGAGCUGAGCAGAGCCAAACGGUUAGCCAGCUGCAGGAGGAGCUGAGGCAGGGCGGAGCGGCUGCGGCUCUCCUCCAGGCCCAGCUGGAGCAGGCGGUGCGCAGAGCCUCCCAGCUGGAGCAGCAGCUCUCAGAGCGGGGGGCCGAGUGCAAGGAGGCGGCCUCCGUGCGCAGGGAGGUGGAGGAGCUGCGGACGCUGACCCGUGACCAGGAGCAGAAGAUGACCCAGACCCAGGCUGAGCUGUCCGCCCUGGAGGCCGUCCUGGCUCUGCUGCACCUGCAGGAGGCUCCUGCAGGACCAAUCUGCUCCAGUCCAUGCAUGCUGCCCCCAGUGGACUAUUCAGGAGCUGCACAUCUGCUGAAGCUGAAGCCAGGUGAGGGCUACCAGCAGCUGCUGCGGGUCCUGCAGGUGAAGGAGGCCGAGCGGCUCAAACAGCAGAGCCAGAAGGAGCGUCUGCACGAGCGUCUGAGCAGAGCCCAGGAGGAGAUCUCCUCCCUGCAGAGCUCCAUGGCCCAGAGAGCCUCCCACUACCAGAACCUCCACACGGAGCUGCUGGAGCGGGGCAGUCAGGCCACCGACGCUCAGAAAGAGUUAAAAAGAAAAAGCGCUCGGGUCGCUGCGCUGGAGAAACAGCUGCAGGAAAAAAGCUCUGCAUACAGUCUGGCCGCUCUGAAGAACACCGAGCUGGAAAACGAGCUGAAGGAGAAGAGCAGCAGCGUUCAGCACUACCAGGGUCUGAUGAGCAGAAAGCAGAAGGAGCACCAGAAGGCUCUGGAUCAGUGCAAACAGACUCACUCUAAGCAGCUGGCUGAGCAACAGCAUAGGAUAGAAAUGCUGCAGCUGUCUGUGGAGGAGAGCCUGACCCAGAUGUUGGAACUGGAACAGCAGCUGGGUUCUGUUCAGAUGGAGCGGGACAAGGCUCAGAAAGCUGCGCUGCUGCUGCAGACCUCUGUGGAUCGGCUCACAGAGGAGAAGCAGGUCAAAGUUCGACGCAACCAGGAGAUGCUGCAGAGUUUCAAAGAUCAGGCUUCUCACUCUGCCACCAUGAUAUCUGAGCUGCAAUCCUGCCUGUCGGUGUGCAAAGAGGAGCUGAACUCGUACCUGCAGCAAAUGGAGGAGCUGAAGAGGAACCAUGAGACGGAGCUGCAGAGGAAGAAUGAAAAGAUGUCUUGUCUGCAGGAGAAGCUGCACAGCACCAGCCUGGUCUGUCAGAGCUCCAGUGAGCAGAACCUGCAGCUGCAGGAGUCUCUGCAGCAGCAGCAGACCAUGCUGACCGAGAGCACGGCUCGGGUCUCUGAGCUGGAGGAGAGCCAGAGCCAUCUGCAAAGACAGGUGUCUGGUUUGGAGCAGCAGCUGGAGCGAACGUGGGCUUCUCUACAAGAUGAGGUCCGGAGCAGAGGCCUGGAGGCCCAGGCUGCGGAGAGAAACCUACAGGAGACGACCGAACAGAACACACAACUCUCCAAAUCCAUCAGUCAUCUCAGAUUGAAGAUGGAAAAGCUGGAGGUGGAGCUGGAGCACCUGAGGAGCCAAGUGGCUGCAAAGGCAGAGCAGAUCAUCGGCUUGGAGCAGAACCUGCAGCACACCCAGAGCCAAGUCAUCAGCAAGACCUCCAAAGUUGAGGAACUUGAGGAGAAGCUCCAUCGCUGUGAGGAGGAGCGGCUCUGCAGCAUGCAGAGAGUAAAGGUCCUGGAGGGCGAGCUGCGCUCUGUGCAGGCGGAGCUGGACGACACCGUGGAGCGGGUACAGGAGCUGCAGGACGACCUACAGAGGACCCAGACCGUCUCUGACCAACGGCAAGCCCAGGUGGACAAACUGGGCGUGAGGCUGAGUGAGACCCAGAGGGAGUUGGAGGAGAGAACUCAUGAGGUCUUGGACAUGGACAACGCCCUGAAAGAAAGACAGGAGGAGCUCCAGCAGAGAGCCAAGCUGCUCAGCCAGUUGGACGAAGCCAUCAGGGAGCACAAGCUGGAGAUGGACAGGAAGGUGGAGGUCCUGCAGCAGGAGCUAACGCAAAGAAAUGCCAAGGAGACAGAGGAGCUCAGCCAGCAGCUGUCUGAGUGUAAGCAACGGCUUCAGAAGGCCCUGGACGAACUGGAAGCGAGUCGGCGUGACCGUGACGCUCUGAGCAGAGAGCUGGACGCCACCAAGCUGCAGAUCAGGGAGACGGAGACCCAGCUGCGCAGCGUAGUGGAGGAGCUACUUCGAAAGGAGUCUGGGUGGCUGCAGGAGGAGGAGCGGCUGCAGAGCACGCUCUCUGCUCUGGAGCAGGAGCUGGAACUGGAGAAGGAGCAGCACAGUAAAGAGCUGGAGUCUCUGCAGCAAACGCGGGGCCAGCUCCUCAAAGUGUCGGAACAGAUCUCCUCCACCAUGCGCUCGUCCCAGGAGCAGCUCACCGCCACGCUCCAGCAGAGCCAGGCCCAGCUGGAGGAGGCCAGGGCGCAGUGCAGCCGGGUCAAAGCCCAGCUGGACCAGGCCGAGAUCGAGCUGGACUACAGCCACAGCCAGGCCAGCCACCUGCAGGCGCAGCUGGACCAGAGCCAGGCGCAGCUGCUGCAGAGCAGAACCGAGCUGGAGGACAGCAGGGUUCUGUGUGAGCAGACCAGAGUCCAGAGCAGCCACCUCCAUGCGCAGCUGGAGCUGCUCUCCGCGCAGCUUCAGCAAAGCCGAGCGCAGGUUUCCCAGCUCCAAACUCGGCUCCAAGCCUCGGAGAAGUCUGCAGAGAUGUCCGUCGAUUCGCUGCUCAUCAAGGAGUCAGAGGUGACCCGCCUCCAGGCUCGGAUCUCCAGUCUGGGACGAGCAGCAGAGAGAAAGAGCCUCUGCAGCCACUCUGCCUCCGUCACUGAGCCUCCGGAGCCCUCCUUCUCCUCUCAGCCGUCUCUUCCUUCCUUCAGACUCCUACCGGCCUCCAUCCACUUGUCUCCACGCUCUCACCCGGCGCCCCUGUGCUCCCCGACACACGACUGGCCUCAGAGCGCCAGCUUACACUCCUCUACGGACUUCCCUCACAACCUUAGGGGGGCGCUGAUCAGGGAGCUGUGGGACUCUUCCUCUGCGUCUGGUUCGACGUUCCCAGGGUCGGCUGACCAAAGCUGGCGGGGCCUCAGCACCACCGAGGCCUCGGCGACGUCCAAUGCCUCGUUCGACCCGCUCACGUACUUGGGGGACAAACCCAACGAUGCAGACGUCCACGCAGAGGCACCGGUGGGACGGCAGGGGGAUUACCAGCCGCUCACUGAGUCCAGGAGGGAGUCGGAGGGGACUCUGAUGGGAGAGGACGAGGGAGAGGUGGACAUGAGUUCACUGACCGGGAUGCUGAGGUUUGUGAAUCAGACUCUCGCCAUGCAGCAGGAUCCGUCUCCAUGGAGCCCCAUAAAGCAGACCUGACUCUCUGCGACUCUGCAGGGAUCUGACUGCAUGGGGAGCACAGCAGCCAACCUAAAAUGUUGGUUGGUGUGUAUUUAUAAACCUUUUCCAUGUUUUGUCCCUUUAUGUGUUAGUGAUCAAGAUAAAUUAUUAGAGCAUGUUUAUGUGACCUCUUUAAUUGCACUUAGUAAAACAUGGAUUCUUUAGUUCAGCAGAAUGUAGCAUUUGCAUUUUAUUUAACAUUGUUAACUACUGUUUGUAAAUGUGAAUAGUUUUCUUAUUAAAAUCUGCCAAUUAAAGAGUUUUUACAUAAA